AUGGCUCGGAGGAUCCUGCUCCAUCUCGCCUUCCUGGGGCUGGGCAGCAUCUGGCCCUCAGUUCAGGGGCCCAACUUCCACGUGCUGGCCGUGGACCUCAACUCCCUCCUGGAGGAGCGAGAAAGCACCCAGAUUCCCAAGAACGGGAGCGCGCCCCUGCUCGUGAGCGUGCAAGUGCUCGUGUCCAAUGUGUUUAAUGUGGACAUCCUGCGGUACACAGUGUCCUACAUGCUGAUACUCCGGCUGGCUGUAGUGGCCCAGGACGGCCACGUUGAGAUCAACCUGUCCCUCACCACUGAGGCCAACUGCGACUUUGAGCUCCUGCACUUCCCCCGGGACCAGAGCCACUGCAACCUGAGCUUCUUCGUUUUCAGCAACACUGUGAGGGAGCUGGAGUUCCAGGCCCACGCCAGGAAUGAGAUCGUCAGCAUCAAGCGGGAAUACGUGGUCAGCGACGUGAAGACGCGGGCCCUGCCCCAGCAGCUGGUGCCCUGCUUCCAGCUGACGCUGAGCCUGAAGAACACGGCGCUCAAGUCCAUCAUCGCGCUGAUAGUCCCCGGGGAGGCCCUGCUGCUGGCGGACGUGUGCGGGGGGCUGCUGCCCCUGCAGGCCUUCGAGCGCGGCACCUACAAGGUGACACUGCUGCUGAGCUACCUGGUCUUCCACUCCUCCCUGGUGCAGGGCCUGCCCAGCUCGUCCUCCUGCAACCCACUGCUCACUCACUACUUCACCGUCCUGCUGCUGCUGCUCUUCGUCAGCACCGCGGAGACCGUGCUGCUCGCCGGGCUGCUGGCCAGGGGCAACCUCAGGGCCCAGCCCUGCCCCAGCCCCGCCCCAGCAGGGCCACCACGGGAGCGUGGGAACCCAGGGCCUGGUCCUGAAGGCGCCCCCGGAGGAGGAAAGGGGUCAGGGAGAAGCUGGGCCGAGGCGGCCGACCGCAUCUUCUUCUUCGCGUACGUGGCCAGCGCGCUGUGCAGCCAGCUCAUCUUUGCUGCCAUCUGGAUCUGGGCAACGUGCGAGUCUGACCCACCCCCCGGGAUGGCCGUCCCCCACGGCGGGCAGCCCAGCUUCUAGCAGGACGCGGGGUGGGUUCCUGAGGCCGGGGGAAGCUCUCUGGAGAGAGGGGAGGAGGACCCUGGAGGACCCCGUCCACCCUGAGCUCCCCCGUGUUAGCAUACAAGUAGUGUGAAAUAAACCCGCCCCC